GAAUUCGUUUGCUGACGUUCAUGCACGUCGACCAGACGAUGAGCUUCCUUUAGCUUCAGCUUCGUAAUAUGACCAUAGACUUCCGUGUAAUCUAUCGUCGUAAUCACGUAUUCGCUACAUUGCUUUCCGAUACUUAUUUGCUACACCCAUACUUUACAUAGCUGCACAAAAAUCCAAUAAUCUGUAAUAACAGAUAGUAAUGUAAUCCGACCAAAUUCCAAAUUUGGCAAUUGACUAACCACUCUUCCUACCACAAACAUCUAUUCCUUGUCAUGGCCCGCAGGAAGCGUGUCCUUGAGGACGGCGAUGACUCAGACUCCUCUGUGGGAUCAGAAUCAGGCGGAGAGGGAAUAGAAGAUGACCCGUAUCGCCGGAAACGAAGGCGAAAGGAUGGCAAGGAGGACGCUAUAUACGGUGUAUUUGGAGAUGAUAGCGACGAAGAACCUUACCAACGACGGCCAAUGAAGAAGAAGCAACCUACAUUUGUCUCACAGAAAGAGCCAGAGAAUUUGCCUAUGAAUGUCGACGAAGAAGACGAGCUGGAGGAAGACACCGACACUGCUGGAUCCGAGGGUGAGGAAGGUGAGGAUGCUCGGGACGUUUCUGACGAGUCUGGACCUUCCAGGCUACCCUCACCCCGAGUUCGGGAUGAGGAUGAGGAUGACUCGUCGUUCACGCCAGCGCUUGGUGGCCUAGGAUCCAACUAUUCGGCCUUUUCCAAGGCAGGUAUUGGUUCGACUUCUUCACCGUUGUCAAAGGGUGGCAUUGGUGCCGGAAAAUCGACGACCAUUGAAUCCGCCUUUGCCAAAGGUGGUAUUGGCGCUGCUUCCUCCCCUUUCGCCAAAGGCAGUAUCGGUUCCGCAAAAUCCACAUCUAUCGAGGCGUCUUUCACAACUUCUCAAGCUAGCACAUCGACUCCUGCAUACACACCCCCUUCCAAAGAUCUACCAUCAGCCUUUGGUGGCAAUCGCUCGUCGUCUUUUUUGCGCAACUCUGGCCUUACUCCAGAGCCCCCCGUUCUUAGUCAUGCAGAGCAAGCGCACUUCCAAAACAUAUCAAGCUCUUUUGGUGCACGAAUGCUAGCAAAGAUGGGAUGGCAGGCAGGCACGGGUCUCGGAACGACGGGAGAAGGCAUUGUCACGCCCGUAGAGACCAAGAUGCGGCCUGGCAGAGCGGGUAUUGCUUUCCGCGGUUUCAAGGAGAGGACGGAGCAAUCCAAAAUGGAAGCAAGAAGGCGAGGAGAAGUCGUUAGCGACGAUGAAGAGGAUGUGAAGGUGAAGAGAGCCAGAAGGAAGGAAAAGGAAGCCAAGGAGAAAAGGUCUGCCGUUUGGAAGAACCCCAAAAAGAUCAAGACCAAGAUAGAACACAAGACAUACGAAGAAAUCCUUGCAGAUACCGGAGAAAACGUGUCGUCAGUGUCCGGUGUUGGCCAAAUUAUCGAUGCUACAGGCGCGGUCCCCCGAGAAGUUAGCUCCCUAGCUGAUAUAUCUCUGAAUACCUGGUCUCCGUCAAACGAUCCUACGCGAAUACCUGAAGUCCGCCAUAACAUCAGACUGAUAGCUGAUGCAUGUAAGAGUGACCUUGAUGGCCUAGCAAGGGAGGCCAAAUCUUUGGAUGAAAAGAAAAAAUGGGUUGUUAAAGAGGAUGUACGGCUACGGAAGAGGGUCGAAGAAGAGGCUGAACUCAUUGCCCGUUUGCAGCAAGUGCAGCUUGUAGCUAACGAAUUCGAUGCCAAAUCCAAAGAGCUCGCCGCUGCUUAUGAAGUAUCGCUUGACCCAUUCUCUCCCUUGGUUUACCGGCUUUUGAGCGAGUAUUCGAAUGAGUUUGACAAAUAUCGACUCGAUGAAAUUGUUGUCGCGGCCAUAGCGCCUUCAGUGCGACGAAUGGUGUCACAAUGGGAUCCCUUACAAGACCCCGCUUUCCUCAUUUCCACUUUCCGGAGCUGGCGGCGUGCUCUCCGUGUCAACUCACCCCCUGAGAAACCCCAAACCCAGGUAGACGUUUAUGGAACGCAAGUGACUCGGGCACCUGUGGUAGAAGCUGAAAAACCUAUGACUCCCUUCGAAAGUUUACUAUGGACUGUAUGGCUGCCACGGGUCCGUACAUCCAUCAACAACGAAUGGUCUGCACAUAGCCCUACUUCCGCUGUCAAACUUUACGAGGCGUGGUCCUCUUUCUUACCGGCAUUCAUCUCUGACAAUUUUCUUGAUCAGUUGAUCUUACCAAAAGUUCAGAAAGCUGUAGCGACUUGGAACCCCAAGCAAGAUACAGUGACUCUUCAGACCAUUGUAUUCCCUUGGCUUCCUCAUGUAGGCCUCCGUUUAGAGGAAGUCAUUGGUGAUGCCAGACGGAAAGUAAGGAACCUACUCCGUAGCUGGACGGCGGGCGACAACAUUCCGAAGGAUCUCAUUGCUUGGAAAGACGUGUUCGAUUCGAGCGACUGGGAUAGCAUCCUGUUGAAAUAUGUCGUCCCCAAGUUGGGUUCGACGCUGAGAAAUGACUUCCGUGUCUACCCACGAAAUCAACGAAUGGAACCAUUGCAACACGUCCUUCAGUGGGCAGAAUUCAUCCGCCCAAACAUCUUCUCACAACUAGUUGAGACAGAAUUCUUUCCAAAGUGGCUGGAUGUUCUGCACAUCUGGCUCAUACAGCCGAACGUCAGUUUCGAGGAGGUGGCUCAGUGGUAUUCGUUUUGGAAAGGCACAUUCCCCGAGAGUGUUCAAAGCAUGCCGGGAGUUUCACGCGGGUUCACGCGUGGACUGCAGUUGAUGAACAAGGCGAUUGAACUAGGACCUGACGCGCCCACGCGCCUCCCUAAACCCGAUUUCCGUGCAGAAGUUGCGUCGGGCACUCCUUCACGUAAUGGGACGUCGAAAGUACAACCAAGACCAUCGGCUAGGACACAAGAAAUCACGUUCCGCUCUAUUGUGGAGGAGUUCGCUGCGUCUCAUAACCUCUUAUUCUUACCUACAGGUCGUGCACACGAGAAGUCGAGGAUGCCACUGUUUCGCGUCAGUCCAUCGGUUGACGGGAAGGGCGGUCUUUUGGUUUACAUUUUGGAUGACGCUGUGUGGGCGGCAGCGGAAGGUGUUGGGAGUGCUGUAGAGGAUUACGUGGCUAUCUCUUUGGAUUCUAUGGUUUUACGUGCUAGCACUUGAGACUGUACAAGUGGAGCCGAGCCUCGACUGAUUUUUUUUCGAAAUGGAUGGCUGAGCAGAGGAUGGUAUCAAAACGAACCUUAGCCGAAGUCAUGGAUAUAAAGAGGCUUAGAGUGACGGUGUUUUUUUCCGUCCGAGACGUACGGAUGGUGCAUGGUUACCCGCGAAAUGUGAGCGUAGCGGACUUUGAAGGCCAGAACGUGGAAGAUAAUUCUAGAGCCAUGCAAUGCGUUUCAGACCGU